AUGAGGGCCCAGAGCCUUCUCCUCCUGGCGGCCCUCCUGGGGAGCCAGCUGCCUGCCGCCUCGGGCAGGAGGAACAGAGAGAAAGCUGGGGGGUGUCCGCCGGACGAUGGGCUGUGCCUGCAGUCGGUGCCUGACCAGUGCCUGGGGGACAGCCAGUGCCCUGCCAUGAUGAAGUGCUGCCGCAAAAACUGCUUCCGCCAGUGCGUCCGGAUGGUCUCGGUAAAACAGGGCACCUGCCCCGAGGACCGACUGCAGUGCCUCAGCCCCAUCCAGCACCUGUGCCACCAGGACUCCGACUGCCGGGGCCUCAGCCGGUGCUGCCUGGGCGCCUGCGGCCGGGACUGCCGGAACCCCGUCAAAGGCUAAUUCUGGUUCAGGCCCCGUGGCUCCGAACCUCAGGACGGGGUCCCCCGCAGGAAGAGGUGGUGACAGGGGCCCUGGGACCUGCCACCUGGGCAGCACCACCUCUGCCAACAGCAGCUCCAACCUUCUGAUAGACACUGACCUGCCAUGACUUCCCCUGCCGCCUGCCCGCCCGCCCCUGGCUUUUCCUCCUGGGAAUCACAGUCCGUGGCCAGACCUCAAAGGACUCCCUGGUCCCACCACCGCCCGAGCU